GGAAAGAACCCAAAGACAGAAGCUUAUCACUGAUUCACGAUCAUGCCUCACACCAAUCAGUCAAUUCCCUUGUGCUUUUAUGAAUUAGGGUUUGUAUCGUUCGAAUCGAAUCAAAAAAUAAGAAGAAAUGGUUUGGAAUUACCCAGAAAUUUCCAAGGAAGAUUUCAUAAAGCUAUUGAAAGGGUUUGUGGAUUUGCUUAUACUUGCAUCUGGGUUUCAAUCUUCUGGUGUUCCUGCUCAUUGGGAUGCUGAAAAUUGCAAGAAAGCUCUUCAAUGGGGUCUCUUCUUCGAAAAUGUUUUAAGAAGCAUAAAUAGUUCAGAUACGUUUGGGGAAUCUAUGAGAGAGCUUGACGAAGCUAUAUCAGAGAUGAAAUCUAACCCUUUGUUCCCAAAGGGUUUGGAGAAUUUAUCAUCAGAUAAUCUUUCAAAGGGGAGAGAGUUUGUCUUAGAGCAUUUGAUGAAUAACUCGACAUUGAAGGAUAAACAACUCCAAGCUAUUCUAGUUGCUGCGGUGGAAUCAGGUGACGGUAUUAGAGAGAUAAUUGAUGGGAAACUCUGUAAGAGGCAAUCUGUUGUGUCCUGUGUAUCAGCACUUGAAACUGGUUUGAAGAUCCUUUCUAAGCACAUAGAGCCUAAAGAGUCCCUACAUAGAGAAGACAAUGAUGCAACUUUCUUGGGUUUGGGACAACAGCCUAUUGAGCUUUUAAGAUGGAAUAUCUGGCAGUCGAAAGCGAUAUCUUAUUUUCUUAGUAAGAGAACGUUAAGAUUAGUAUCAGGAGCCAGCUUGAUAUUUUCUGCACCAAAAGCUCAGUGGGUAGAAAUGUUGAGAAGGUUGCGUGUUUCAGAUAAGAAUGAUGACGAUAUAUUCAUCGAAAAGAUUGAGCUAUUGUUACUAGGAUGUGUAACAAGCAGAUGGACCCAUUUAAUCGAAGGUAUCAUGUCAGUUUCCUACAAAUCUGUCACUGUGUCAGAAGAAUACGAGGAGUUAUGCAAGCUUCUUCUUCAAAGAUCUAAAUGCUUAAAACAGAACGAGAUUGCUUUGAAUUCUAAGGUUGAAGAGAUUCUAGAGUAUCUAACAGAAAUACUUGAGAGUCGUUUUCAUCAGCUCUGGAAAUUGCCUUCUGCCCUUACCGCAGCUGCAAUUCCAUCAUGGUCACCGCUGUUUGGUCUGUAUUUUGGCGGAAUAGAGAAACAGUUGAAACUAGACCACUCAACAACAAGGUCAAGUUUCUCUCUAAAGAUCAGUUUCACAUUGUUCUUGAACCCAAACAGUUAGAAAUCGACAUCCAUAUAUCUACCUGUUUCCUUCUCUUCUGCAGAUUUUGCAGCUGCGAUAAAGAUCUAAACGAGCACAAUGACUGUGAGCUCGCGGAAAGAGUUUGGUGCUUGUACGUAUUCCAUAUCUGCAUAUGCCACUAGAAAAACUAAUGGUCAUUGAUCAAUACAAGAAGAUCAGUUUCUUCAAGGUAAGAUCACAUUGAUGCAGAUGUUUUGUCAAAAUAUCUUAUGAAAACUCUGUUUUCUUGCGUUUGCGAUUAGAUGAUAAAGAUACAAUAAAUGGUAUGAUGGAUGAGUAACAGAAAGAUCCAGAAAUGAAUUGAUUUCUAGUUCGAGAUAUUUCCUUAGCUUUAUUUUGGUUGUUUAAAAUUGAAUUCUCUUUGUUUAUAAUUGUUAUACAUCGUUGUCGUUUUGACUCAUGUAUCUUUACUUUUACGUCAUGUAACAAGAAAGCAAUUACGCGUGGGGUCUUCCUUUUAGGCAUAAUCUUGUCAUUUUGGUAUAUGCUUUGUAUCAAUCCAUGUCAUGAUCUAUCCUAAAACGUCGUCGUUUAUGCCAUGGACGGUGUAGACUGGUAGACACUCAUAUCUCACUUUAACCGAAUGUUUCCGAAGAAUUUCAGACAAAAAAAACUGAUGAAAAAAAUGAGUUUGCAUCAGAUAAUGCUUUUUGAUAAAGGGGUUUCAAAAGUGGAAUUCUUAUUAUUUUUUCGCCAAUAGUGGGAUUAAUUUAGUCGUUGAGAUUUUUGCUUCACCGUUGGUUUAUUGGUUCUAAUAAAAGUUGUAUUUGAUUCUCCACCCAAAGUUGGGACGGGUUUAUGACCCAUAAAUUAGGCUUGUGAUGUGGAGCUGACACUAACUAAAUUUUCAAACAUAUCUUGAAAAUUUAUAUUCAUUCAUUAGAAAUUUAUAUUCAUUCAUUAUAAAGACUAAAUCUCAAUAAAUGGGAGUGUUAAUUUGACAUAUGAAC